AUGGCUUCAUCUUCUUCACAAAAGUUACAACAAUCUGAACGAUGUGAACCAAUAUCAAAUGAAUGUUUAUCACCAUGGAUCGUUGAUAAUUCGAUGAUAACAUCGCGUUUAGCAUGUCGACCACCAAGAGCAAUUCGAUGGCAACAUAAAAGUUUACAUAAUUCAGCUAAUUUAUCAGGCAGUUUACCAGUUUUAAAUACAAAUUAUUCAAAUUCGAAUACAAGUAAACUUUUAAAAUGUGCUGUAACUCGAACAAUUGGUACUCAAACAAUGCCAUCGUCAUGUGAAUCCAUCGAUUUAAGUGAAAAAGAUGAAGAAAAUGAAAAAUUUCAUUCAAUAUCGUUAGUACAAUUUUCAAAUACAUCACGUUAUAAUCGACGAUCAUCUGAUAUUGGACCUUUAGCAACUGAUUGGCAUCAAUUAGGUAAAGAACUGCGGCAAAUUGCCGAUGAAUUAAAAAGUGCAGAAAAAAAUCGUUCAUCAUCGACUCAAUCUUUAUCAAAUUUAGGAUCAAGUCCUGAUUCUGGUGGCUUCGCAUGUACAUCGUCGAACAUUGGUUUACUCCAACACAAUAAAAGUAUUGAUCAUUUACGACCUCGAAGUAUUUCGGCUUGCAGUAGUUUUAAUGAUUUAUUAUGUUUAUCUCGAAAAAAAUAAAUUUCUAUUUCUAAA